GCCGCUACUCAACACAUAAAAACUACAUUUCCCAGAAUGCCCGCCGGACAGCGUCGGCGCGGUUAUCGCAGAUCUACAGACAUGGGGAUCGGGCCAGCGGGGGCCUGCUGCGCUGAAGCGCUUUGUUCCUGUGUUUGUUAAAUUUGCGUUGUUGCGUGGACGUGAAGCUCUGUGUCACCGUGCGUGAGUUCAGGCUCACACAGACUGAACUGCGCGGUAAAAGAAACGGACACAAACAAGAACAUGUGGGUGAUUGUGUGAGAAAACCGAAAAGGUGAAUGAAGCUGUUGUGGAAAUUCUGGGUGUUUGUGUGUGGAUCUCUGCAGUGGAUCUGAGGCACGACGGUCGGCAGGCAGCAUGGGUUUGCAUUCGGCCCAGAAGAAGCACUUUCCCCUCCGAGGUAUCGAAGGCGUGGUUCAGCUGUUUGAUGCUGAGCUCCUGAAGCCCGAGCCGGACCUGACUCUUCUGUCCCUGGUCCUGGGGUUUGUCGAGCACUUCCUGGCUGUGAACCGGGUCGUCCCCAUAAAUGUUCCGGGGGUCCGUUUCGAGCCUCUGGAGCCGGACUGUCCCAAUUCCUGCUUCCCCACGGUGGAGCUCGGCAUGAUUUCGGCACUGUACGAGCGCUUCACAGCCCAGAUCCGUGGUGCGGUAGAUCUGUCCCAGUUCAGACGGACUGCUGCGGGGUCCAGCAGGGAGCUGGUGAAAAAAGUGUCUGACGUCAUCUGGAACAGUCUGAGCAGGUCGUACUUCAAGGACCGGGCCCACAUACAGUCUCUGUUCAGUCUUAUCACUGGUACCAAACUCGACAGCUCGGGCGUGGCCUUUGCUGUGGUGGCUGCCUGCCAAGUCCUGGGGUUGAAGGACGUCCACCUGGCACUGUCCGAGGACCACGCCUGGGUGAUCUUUGGCAAAAACGGCGAGGAGACGGCCGAGGUCACCUGGCAUGGAAAGGGUAAUGAGGAUCGGCGAGGACAAACGGUCACAUUGGGCGUGAAUGAGAAGAGUUGGCUUUAUCUUAAAGGCUCCUACAUGAAGUGUGACCGAGCCAUGGAGGUGGCCUUCAUGGUCUGUGCCAUCAACCCAUCUCUGGACCUCCACACUGACAGCUCGGAGCUUCUGCAGCUGCAGCAGAAACUCCUGUGGCUGCUCUAUGAAUGCGGUGACCUGGACAGGUAUCCCAUGGCCAUGGGCACGCUGGCUGACCUCGAGGACCAGGAUCCAAUCCCAGGCAAAGGGAACCCCCUGGAAAUUCACCUGAAGGCUGUAGGUUCUGCCCAAAAGCACUACAACAACGAGCACAUCUACCCCUACAUGUACCUGGCUGGUUUCCACUACAGACACAGGAACGUGCGGGAGGCUCUGCGGGCCUGGGCCCAGGCAGCUCAGGUCAUGCAGGACUAUAACUACUUCCGUGAGGAUGAGGAGAUCUACAAGGAGUUCUUUGACAUUGCAAACGAUGUUAUCCCCACAUUACUGAAGGAGACAUCUGCUGCAGCCGAGAGCGCUGGAGAAGUGGGCGAGGAUGGCGAAGGAGCCGACAAGGACCAUCCCAAACAGGCAGCAGCCCUCUCGGCACUCCAGGACCCCGAAUGCUUUGCUCACCUGCUACAAUUCUAUGACGGUAUCUGCAAAUGGGAGGAGGGCAGUCCUACACCGGUGCUCCACGUGGGCUGGGCCACCUACCUGGUUCAGUCCCUGAGCCGCUUUGAUGCUCAGGUGCGCCAGAAAGUGUCGAUCAUCACCAAAGAGCCGGAGUCUCAGGAUGACGACGAGCAGCUGAGCGAUGAUCUGCGCGAGGGGCGCCGGCGAGGCCCCAGGCGCGAAUCCAAAGUGGAGGAGCAAAGCCCGCCUUCCGCUGCUCCUCUGGUGGCACCCACAUCUCCGCCUGCACCGACGCCGAACGCCCAGCCAAAGAAGGUCGGUGAGGGUGUGGGCCGCCGGCGCUCCUCGCAGGGCGUGAGGGGCGGAGACACUGAAGGAAAACCAACGUCCCCUGCUCCAGAGGCGGCGCCAUCAUCCCCGCAGCAGCAGCAGGCGCCCUCACCCGGUGGUCCCAUCGUCACCUUCCAAAGCGAGAAGAUGAAAGGGAUGAAGGAGCUGCUGUGUGCGGCUAAAGUGAACUCUAGCGCCAUCAAGCUGCAGCUUACCGCACAGUCACAAGUUCAGAUGAAGAGGCAGAAGAGCACGCAGGCGGGCGAUUACUCUGUGUCCUUCAUGAAGCGCCAGCGCAAGAUGCUGUAGACGUGUAUACUGUGAAGAGCCGCAAACGCUCGAAUAUUAGUUUUAGCGAAAAUCCGUAGCGGUGUUUUGUUUUUGUUUUUAUGGCGCUUCCACUCAGGCAUACAAGAAGUGAUCUCGUCGUGUUCCGUGCACAGAUGACGCCGCUGUCACAGAUCCCGUUUGAAGUGAAGGACUGAACGUUUUGUUCUGUUUUCGUAGGACAGCGGGUUUAGCCGUUGUAGAUUGUACACGCUCACCAUGGGUCGUUUCUCCGGAGCUUGUUGACGUUCUAGAAGCCAAAGUGACUGACAGUCGGACGUCUGUAAAUACGGAUUUGUACUUUUGAUCUGACGGGUUUCUUUUAGGAUAGUUACUGUGUAACGGCGUCCACCUGAUUGUCUUCUGCUAGCUCUAUGUUGCCUUACUUUGCCUUUGUUCUUUUUAACGGUAUGCGUCCUUUAGUUCUGCCGAAGCUGAGGAUCGACUGCACUGCACCGGCAAGUCGCCUCUGCAAGAGUUUGCUCGAUUUGUGGUUUUUGUUCUUGUGUCUGCAAGUAAUAAA